AAACGUGAGUUAUUCAGCUUUACGUAACCAAGAAUAUGUAUAUAUAUGGGGAGGUCCUACCAUUCCAUAACUACAGCUGAGAAAAGGAAUAACCUACACGAUGUGCCGUAUGUUUCUGAUUGCCCUCUUUGUACCGGCCGUACAGGCCUUCUUUUUAGACAGUUUUGGACUGGGCAGCGGUAUCAAAACCGUUACCGAACUGGACUUGCCUAAGUAUUUGGGACGAUGGUAUCAGAUGUACACCAGUCCCUCAGUGCUUGACACAUUUGAAAGGAAUGCUGUGUGUGUGACCGCCGAUUAUUCCAAGUCUACGGAUGGUUCCGGGAAAGUGAUCGUCUUUAAUGCAGAAAAUCUUAAUACCCCGAACGGGACGCAGCAAACUAUCAGUGGAUAUGCCACUACGUCUAGUGAGCCUGGCAAGUUGACCGUCAACCUCGAGACAGCCCCCUUUCCAGCACCUUACUGGGUGAUCAAACUCGGACCCGCAACCUUCGGACACGAUGACCAAUACCAGUACUCUUUAGUGACCGAUAACCUGAAAGCCACACUCUUCGUACUGGCGCGAGACCCAGAAACGUUCAAACGUGACUACAACGAGGAGGUUCUCCAGUUCCUCAAACAACAAGGAUUCACCACCUUUAUCAACAAACCGGUAUCUAUGUACCAAGGAUCAGACUGCAAUUAUGUUAAACAAUAACAAACACAAGCAAUAAUAUCGAGGUCAUAGGUCAAAGUACAAAUGUAAAUUAUUUGCGAUGUAAAUAAUUCUAAAACAAAAUACAAAAUGUUAUUAAAUGCUAUUUAUAAAUGUACAUUUGUUAAUCACAUGUUUUCCCUUGUUUAUUUCUAUUGUGUUGUGUAUUUCCUAAAAUGCUGCUUUUAUAAUAAAUUGAAUAAUAGAUUGAA